GUCUAUAUACAAAAUCGACAAGAAAAUUGAAAAUUGUAAUUAAGGCAUGCAGCGUUACCAGAUGCGAUUUUUGUCUCUUUUCGCGUGCUGACCCCCACUAUACUGUAUUUUUUUCCCGCUUACGUUGCCACUGUUACCAGUGGACAUGCGCCUGAUGCACCUACCGGCUUGCUACGUGAUGUAGUUUAAAAUAUUCAUAAUAUAUUGAUAAAUAUUCAUAUAAUUCAUAAUAAUAACAUAAUAUAUUGUCAAAAUACGUCACGUAGUAAGCACAGUAAAGAAGCAUCCCCACCCCACGUGAAGUUUCGCGUCAAGUCCGCGCGCGUUCACGUUGUGCAUAUGUAUAGUGUGGUAUAGUGCAUAUUUGCUUGUGUCCUGCUCGUGUCCAUGCCUGUUGUAAUUCGACUGAAAGUAGUAAGAGUGGUUAAAAUAAAUAAAAAAUUGUUGCCUCGCGUCAGGUUCUCUUUACGAGGAUUAUAUUUUAAUUCAUUGAAUACUGUAAGAAGUAUUGCGUGGGGUUCGGACAAUAUGUUAAUGAACGGAACGUAGAACAUAUCAAUUUUAGAACCUCGUGUCAAACAGAACGCAAGAGUUUCGUACAUUAAAGUUCUGUGAUAAUAAUUAAAAUUAGUGUAGUGAAUUAAAAUUUAAUUCAAAAUGGGUAAAAAAGGGAAGAUUGGAAAGCAGAGGAAGGAUAAGUUUUAUCAACUAGCAAAGGAAACUGGUUAUAGAUCACGUGCUGCUUUCAAGUUGAUUCAACUGAAUCGAAAAUUCGAAUUCUUGCAAAAAUCCCGAGUAUGCGUAGAUUUGUGUGCAGCUCCUGGAGGAUGGAUGCAAGUCGCCCGGCAGAAUAUGCCAGUAUCUUCUAUAGUAAUAGGAGUCGACUUGUUCCCUAUAAAAACUAUACCAGGGUGUAUCAGCCUGGUGGAAGAUAUCACGACAGAUAAAUGUCGUGUAUCCAUAGCUCGUGAAUUGAAAACAUGGAAAGCUGAUGUUGUACUUAACGAUGGGGCACCGAACGUUGGUAAAAGUUGGGUACAUGAUGCAUAUCAACAAGUCGUCUUAACUUUAGCUGCACUCAAGAUGGCAACAUAUUUUUUACGACCGGGUGGUUGGUUUAUCACAAAAGUUUUCCGCUCGAAAGAUUACAACCCACUGGUUUGGGUACUAAAACAAUUGUUUCGAAAGGUACAUGCAACUAAACCUCAAGCAUCGCGUACUGAAUCUGCUGAAAUUUUCGUCGUCUGCCAGUAUUACAUCGCUCCGGACAAAUUGGAUCCGAAAUUCUUAGAUCCAAAAUACGUUUUCUCUGAAUUAGAAAUAGAAUCUGCGAAUAAAUUGAACGUCUAUAAUCCUACUAAAAAGAAAGCUAAAGUGGAAGGUUACCCAGAGAACGAUUACACUUUGUAUCAUUCGUUAUCUGUUAAAGAUUUCAUAGCUCAUGACAAUGCUGUCGAAGCGUUGCAGAAUGCUUCUGAAAUUGUUUUCGACGAUGAAACGAUAGCGAAUCAUGAGAAAACGACUAAUGAAAUCAAGGAGUGUUGCAAGGAUAUUAAAGUGCUGGGUAAAAAGGAUUUACGAAAUUUAAUGAAUUGGUGGAAGGCAGUUAAGGAAUCUCUGAAGAAGCCUGAGGUAGAGGAGGAUGUGCCAGAAGAUACGACAGAACCAGCACCCAUGAGUCAAGAGGAUCUAGAAGACUUGGAGGACGAACAAAUUAGAAAACAAAUUGAAGAGAUUAGAGAAGAGGAAGCUAGAGAUCUCAAACGAAAAAAGAAAAAGGUAAACAAGGAGAGGCAGAAACUGAACGAACGGCUGAAUCUAAAAAUGAUUCACAAGGGAAACGAAGGUCCUGUACUCGAAGGGGAUGAUAUGUUCAGUUUAAAACAAAUACAAUCGCAUCAACAGUUAGAGAAGAUAACAGAUCAGAGCCCUGAUCUAGUAGCUGAAAGUGAUGCAGAUUCGGACACGGAGAAACCAAAGCCGAAGAAGGUUUCUUAUAAGAAGGAUGAAGGGCAUUUAGAUAGUUCAGGUUUAUAUUAUAAAACAGAUGAUAGCGAGCCGGAAGAUUCAACUGAUGUUUCCGAUGAUGAUAGUGAUAAGUCAGGUUUAGGUCUAAAUGAAUCUGACGAUGAGGAGAGGCCACAGAAGAGGAACAAGUACCUUGACGAUGAUCCAGAGAAUCCGUUGUUAACUGAUUUAGAUCAGAGGGACAAGAAAACUAAAAGGAUUCACAAAGCAGAAUUGUGGUUCGAGAAGGACGUAUUCAAGAACUUGGAGGAUGAAAAGGAUGAAGAUCUUGAGCUGGACAAGAUGGUGGAAGAAUACAAGAAAAAAGGUGGUCGUAUAAUAGGCGAGGGAGAUGAUGAUAAAGAGAAUAAAGUCAAGAAAAAUAUACAAGAAGAGGAAGAAGAUGACGAAUUGUCCUCGAGCGGUGAUGACACAGAUUCCGAUUACGAUGUUGAGAAGAUGAUGGCUCCGAACAAGAAAUCCGAGAAGAAUGCUAACAGUAAAGAUAAUUCAGUAUCGCAUACAAAGUCAAAGAAGAGGAAACGUUUAACGGAGGAAGAACUGGCAUUGGGAUCGCUGUUAGUUCAAAGCAAGAAAACUCGGAGGGACUUGGUAGAUUCGGCUUGGAAUAGAUAUGCGUUCAACGAUGACAAAUUGCCAGACUGGUUUGUAAAGGAUGAAGAUAAACAUAUGAAGAAAGAUGCGCCCGUGCCUAAGGAGCUCGUCGACGAAUACAAGAAACGUGUCGAAGAUUUGGAUGUUAGACCGAUUAAAAAAGUAGUAGAGGCAAAAGCAAGGAAGAAGCGAAGAGCUUUACGGAAACUGGAGAAAGCGAAGAAGAAGGUUGAGGCUAUAAUGGAUAAUACGGAAAUCAGCGACAGGGAGAAGACGAAACAAGUACAAGCCUUGUACAAGAAGGCUCAUAAAGAACCGAAAAAGGAUGUCACGUAUGUCGUAAUGAAGAAACACAUGGCUCAGAAGAAAGCGGCGAGACCACCUGGCGUUAAAGGACGUUACAAAUUAGUUGAUCCGAGAAUGAAAAAGGAUUUGCGCGCAGCAAAAGCGAAAGAAAAAACUAAAGGGCGUGGAAAGAAAGGUCGAGGCGGUAAGCCGCCACGAGGAAAGCCUAAAGCGCAUAAGGGCAAGAAAUUAAAAAAGUAAUUAGAAUGAAAUAAAGUAUGAAACUUCAUCGAUCAUUUACCCUUCGAUUGCCCCAGAAUUUAAGAACAUUGCUAUUAUGCAGUAAAGAUAUGAGACGAGAAUGCAUGAUGGAUAUUUUGUAAAUAAAAUAUUUUGUACAUAAACGUAUGUACAAAUUCUACGAAGAUCGAAAUUAAACAAGUUUUGUACAUACGCUACAAAUUUAA